GCCUUAAGACACUAAAUGUGUACAUAUCAUCUUUGGUCAGGAAAGCAAGUUUCAGUGUUUACUCCAAAUUUCUUCAUUUUUUGGGGGAGAGGCUUUCAACAAUCAUUAAUUGGUGGUGAGCUGAACAAGGCUCUUCAUUCUGCUUUAUGGUGGAAUAUUUCACUUCCCAGCAAAAUGUGCAUCAGAUAUAUUGGAUUUCUUCUUCUGAUUUUGAUUCCUGACUUGCUACAUGCACAAAGUGCAAAAGAGUCUUGUCAUGCUCCCCAACUGGAUAAUGGUUAUUUUGAGACUGAACAAGAGAGUUAUCGUGAUGAAGAGAGCCUCAAUUAUGCCUGCGAUGAAGGACAUAAGCCAGUUGUGGAAGGUUGGUGGGCAACAAGCAUAUGUAAAAACGGCACAUGGUCUCAUGAACCACAAUGUAUAGACGAAAAAGCCUGCUCUCCACCAAACAUACCCCAUGCAGAAUACAAUCAGGAACAAGAGCAUUGGCAUGAGGACGGAUUCAAAUUAAGGGUAUCAUGUCAAAACGGAUAUGAGCAUAAAGACAGGAUUGCAACAACUGUAUGUUCAAAUGGAGCAUGGUCCCCUCAGCUGGUCUGUGAGAGAAAAUUCUCAGCAUGUGACAUGCCCCCUAAAAUCCCCCAUGCAGUAAUCAUUCAUCAGGAAUACCAGGAUGUGUUUUCUCAAGAUUCAGUACUACAGUAUGAAUGUGAAGAAGGAUUUACUGUAGAAGGAGUAAACACCAAUAAAACCAUCAUUUGUAUCGCUGGAAUCUGGACUUCAGGCCCACAGUGCAGCGAAGCAACCAGACCAAGUGCUGGACGUGAUGAAUCCACUGUGGGGGGAGGAGGUGGGGGACACACUUCGUCUGCUGGCAGUACAGGAAGUGGAUCCACAGUGGGGGUAACAAAUGGUGGACACACUACAUCUACACAACCUACAGGUCGAGGAUCUUCUACCACUUCUGGCAUGAAUGACAGAAACAGUGGACCUUCAAUCGUAUCAAUCAAGAACUGUGGAACACAACCAGUCAUCCAAAACAGUGUUGUUGUGCAAAAACAAGACAAGUAUUUGAAAUACAAAUGUGUGGCUUAUCACACACUAGUCGGAUUAGACACAGUGGUGUGUUACAGUGAUGGCAGUUGGUCACAAACACCCGUCUGCAAAGAAUCAUUCUGUCUCAUCAAUCCUGAUCAAUUUGCUGGGACAAAUAUUAAAGUUUCUGGAAGUAACAUAUAUAUGGAGGAAGGAGAGAGGAAGUACUAUUACUGUACUCAGGACAAUCAGUUCAGCUUGUUUGAGUGCACUAAUCAACAACUUAGUGUUACUGACUGUUGUCUUCUUUAUUACCACGAUCAUGGAUGGUGCCAAAAAAUACAACUGCGCUCUGGUUAACUCUCCAUCGAGUGAAAACAAAAGUCAAGUUGGAAACUAUUGAACAACUUCCACCAGAAAAAAACUACACUCAAAGAAUGUUGUAUUUGAUUGAUUCAAACAUGUAGUUGUUUUGUUUGUUGUUGUUGUUUUAAUUAAAGUACAAACACACACA